AUGGCUGUGGUUCAGAGCACAUUUAUAGUCAUUUUCAUUUUGGAACUCAUCAUUGGGAAUCUGGGAAAUGGGUUCAUAGCCCUGGUGAACUGCGUGGACUGGCUCAGGAGGGGAAAGCUGUCUUUGGUGGACCGAAUCCUCACCGCCUUGGCCAUCUCCAGAAUCGGGCUGCUCUGGUCAGUAGUUCUGAGCAUAUUUAUGCUUGUGCUGUACCCAGCUAGUGCUGCCACUGGAAAUAAGAGCAGGAUGAUUUUCGCUUUCUGGGUAGUAGCCAACCAUUUCAGCACCUGGCUUGCUACAAUCCUCAGCAUAUAUUAUUUUCUGAAGAUAGCCAAUUUUUCCAACUCACUUUUUCUUUACCUAAAGGGGAGAGUGAAGAGAGUAGUUUCCGUGACAUUGCUUUUCAUCGUGGUCCUCUUGUGCAUGGAUGUGAUGCUGUUAAAGCCAUUUCCUAAUGGGUCGGAGAGGAAUGUGUCUUAUGGGCGCAGGACAACUAAACUUGCCGGGGUUUCUGUCCUUUCCACGGUGUGCCUUUCUGUGCCCUACACCGUGUCCCUGGCGGUGUUUCUCCUGCUCAUCUUCUCCCUACGGAAACACCACAAGAGGAUGCGGCACCACGGCCAAGGACCCAGGGAUGCUGGCACCGCGGCCCACGUCCGAGCCCUGCAAAUGGUGGUCGCCUUCUUGCUCCUAUACUCCAUUUUCUUUCUGGCUCUCGUGGUACAACAUUGGAGCUCUACAUACCUGAACACAUGCCUGCACAUCCUGUUUUUCCAGGCUGUUGGGACGGUUUUUCCUUCUGGCCACUCGUGCAUCCUGGUUCUGGGAAACAGCAAACUGAGGCGGGCCUUUCUGUUGGGGCUGCAGCAGCUGCAGUACGGGCUCAGGCCCAGGCCCAAAGUUGGGGAACUUUCACCGCCCUAA